AUGGGUGUUCACAAUCUUCUGCCGUUCGUAAAGAACGCUUGUCGGCAGGGUAAUGUGACAGAAUUCUCCGGAUAUUCGGUUGCCAUGGACGUUAGCUGUUUAUUGUGUAAGAGUCUAUUUGGCUAUGUUGGAAGUAAGGCUCAAGGACUGAAAGCGAACUUGUCAGGCAUUACUUGUUCCAUAACAGCAAGAACUAAGAACUGGCACAAUGGGUUUAUAAAUAUCGACACAAAGGAGAGCCGACGAAAACGAUAUGCCAACAGGUUCAAGGCUGGCGAACUACUUACUGAAGGAGAAGCCAACGAAACGAUGGGCAACUGCGAUCGAACCCCUACAUCUAUCAGUGACAUCGUGGAAAGUGCCAUUCACCAUUUUCGCGCUUACACAAAUGUGGAUGUGAUUGUUUCGCCUUAUGAAUCCGAUGCGCAACUGGCAUUUCUUGCGAAUGAACAUUUCGCUGACGUGGUGAUAACAGAGGAUACUGAUCUCAUUGCUUUUGGUUGCGAAAAGGUAAAAUCUUUUCCCGUCUUGCAGUAG